CAGACUUCUGUUGUGGCACAACAAAGUUGCUUAGUCAAAGAUGAAGUAUUUGGCAUUUGUAGUCCUGGCAGCUGCCGUUUGCGCUUCCGAAGUUGAGAAGCGAGAGGCGGAGCCCAGCUAUGGCUAUCGUCGUGCAUACGUAAUCCCAACCUCCACAGGAUACGGGAACCAUCGAAUCUACAAGAGAUCUGCCGAGCCUGAAGCGGACGCUGAGCCCUCUGUUGUUUACUCUUCCGCAUCUUACACCCCAACUGCACCCGUCUACGCUCCUUACAGCAUUCACGGGUACCACAAGAGGUCUGCUGAAGCUGAUGCUUCUCAUGGAACCUCUCAUGGAAUCUACAGACAUACUCCCAUUAUUUACGGAGGUCACUCCAACCAUGGCCUCUACAAGAGGUCUGCGGACCCUGAAGCUGAGGCAGAGGCUUCAAUUGGUUAUUAUUCUACACCUAUCUAUGGUCCCGUUGUGCCUUACAGUCAUAUCUACAAGAGAUCUGCUGAAGCUGAGGCACAACCAUCCACCCCAUACGCUCAUGUGUACUACAGACCUGCUCCACUUUACCAAUCUCAGUACUACUAAAACGGAGAGAUAUUAGCCGAUGUGGAGUUUUAGUGUGUGUUCAGUAAUAAAAUGGAAUAAUACAA